CGACACAAUUCCCUGGCGGUUGUGGCUGCGCCUUGUUUCCUCGAAAAGCAGAUCUCCAAAACUGCCAUCCUUGCCCUGCUGCAGACCUAUUGCUCGCCUCUAUCACACUUCGUUACAGUCUAUUGAUCACUCAAAUACCUCGUAUUAUCCUCUAUCUGUCCCAAGACUUGCUGCCAUGUCUCGAAGAGCCGGUGCGACCAAUGCAGGUCAAGACGAGACCAACGUCAAGCCCCAAGACAACAGCCAGCAGAAGCAGGUGAUGUUGCUGGCUCAAGACACUGGACAUUUCAGCAUGAUUAGGGCCCUGCAUCUGGCGGAUCUCAUCACUGAAAUGAAUGGCUUCUGUGGCUGUGCGACUCGUGCCCUUCCUACCGUGAUCUAUGCCUAAUACUUGUCCUUCUAGUCAUGUCCGUACUAUCGUCAAUGCGUUACUGCCUCUCCGAUCCUCAAGACCUGACGAACCUGUGGUUUGCAUUCUUCUUCAUGCCGUUUGGUCUGUUCUUCGACUUCUUUGACGGCAAGGUUGCACGAUGGAGAAAGAAGUCAUCACUCAUGGGGCAAGAGUUGGACUCGCUGGCGGAUCUGGUCUCCUUCGGUGUGGCCCCUGCUGCUCUAGGCUUUGCCAUUGGGUUCCGGUCAACGGUUGACACUCUGUUCCUCUCAUACUACGUACUCUGCGGUUUGACAAGACUGGCACGCUUCAACGUGACUGUGGCCAUGCUACCUAAAGACAAGACUGGGAAGUCGAAGUACUUUGAAGGCACUCCUAUACCAUUCGCCUGUUUGACCGGUUCGGCAAUCAUGGCCACCUUCGCUUCUAUGGGUCUGAUCCAUAACUCCAUACCUCUUGGAACAGUCCUGACAGGAACUGCGCUGGAGUUCCAUCCAGUUGCUGCCAUGUGGUUUGUUCUGGGCAGUUUGCAGAUAAGCAAGACUCUCCACGUGCCAAAACCGUGAUAGGAAGGCCAUGUUGGUUUUUGGAAGGGGGUAGAGGAGCAUGAUGACGACUUGAGAUGCUGAGAAGCUGGGAUGAAGAACGGCCAUGAUAUACAAAGAUAGAGCCCGGCUCACAAGAUUCCCCUGCGUUAUGAGGAACCCCAAUCCUAUCCCACCAAACUUAUCUGGCUCUAGCCUUUCAGGGAAGGGAAGCCUUCGUCCCAACAAUCUCAAUCAAGGUCCUUUCUGUUGCGGUACUACAUCCGCAGGAGGCCAGCCCGGAAGAAAAUGGUCAACGUGAAAACUAAGUCUUCCGGCUCUCAGUC